AUUUGACUCAAAAUUCCACUUAAAAAAGAAAAUAUAAUAAUUGUAAAUGACGUAAUUGAUCAUUAAAACAAAAAAAAUCGAAUUGAAAACGCUCAUUUUUAUUUUUUUAUUUUUUUUUGUUUUUUAGGAUUAAAUUCAGGCGUCAUGUUAAUGAAUUUAACUCGUAUUCGCGAAGUUAACAUGAUUGAUGAUAUUUUGAAAAUCUAUAAUAUUUAUGAGAAAAAUAUAACAUGGGGUGAUCAGUGUUUAUUGAAUAUUUAUUUUAAUCAAUAUCCAGAAAGGCUAUUGGAGUUCACAUGUGAAUGGAAUUAUCGGCCUGAUCAUUGUAUGUACGAAAAUAAUUGUCCAACAACAGAAAUAAUGGGUAUUAAACUUUUACAUGGUUGUCGUGGAGCAUUUCAUAAUGAAAAAUAUCAAGAAUUUAAAGCAAUUUAUCGUGCGAUUGAUGAGUGGAAUUUUGAGUCAAAUUUAAAAUCAACAAUAUUACAUAAAAUAAAAUUAUAUUUAAGUGAACAUUCGACAACAAACUGUGGAAAAAUUAGUUCGAUGUUCACAAAACAUAUUGCCAAAGAAAUAUCGGCAAAAAAUAGAAAAAACGAUAUUAAUGAUCAUGGAACAUGUUCAGCAACAAAUGAAUGUACUAAACCAACAUUGAACAAUGUUUCGUCAAUUCAGAACAGUCCUCAUUUAGCAUUGGUCAUUUGUGGUGAUCGUGAUGAAGAAGUUCUUGUAUUGUUGAAAUCAAUAUUUUUAUUUACAAAAUAUUCAUCAACAAACAUUUAUCUUCAUUUAAUAACAGAUGAACAAGCUAAAAAAAAUAUGAUAAAAAAGCUUUCCGAAGUUCCACUUUUAAUGAGACAAAUGUUUAUAGUUAAAUACUAUGAUAUAAUCUACCCAUCUUAUGUUGAUCGUGAACAAUGGAUUAAUUUAUUUCGAUAUUGUGGAACUCAACGAAUCUUUUUACCAGAUAAUUUACCAGAAUUAGAUCAUAUUUUAUAUUUUGAUACGGAUACGCUAUUGUUACAAUCUUUGGAUAGAUUUUGGUCAUUAUUUAAUAAUUUUAAUCAAACACAUAUUGUUGGACUAGUGAAAGAAAAUGAAGUAUUACAAUUGUCAUGGUAUCCAUUGUAUUCAAAACAUCCAUUUGUCUGGCCAACAGUUUAUUAA